AUGGCGACCAAGCUCCAAAUCACCAACCCACGGCGCAUCCUCCUCGUCGGCGCCCCCGACUCCGACCAGCUCGUCUUCCUCAAAACCCUAACAGGCACCCUCCCGCCCCUCACCGCCGCCGGCGCAUCCCACACCCUCCCCAUCAACACCGCCUACUACGACGUCACAGUCCCCAUCUGGAUCGACGAGCUCCCGCCCGCGCUCGCCGACACCGAUGACUGGGCGCGCGGCUACCUGGCCCCCGAGGCGAAGGACGUGCUGAAGGCGCUCGGCGGGUUCGUGGUCACGUUCCGGCGCCCGCAGGAUGAGGCUGGUUUGGAGGCGAUCAAGAAGCGAUUAGCGGCGCUGCAGCGCGUGGUCGGGGCGUGCGGGUAUGCGUGGGACGGGGUGUGUCUGGCCGUCGCGAUGCCGCAGAGCUUACGGCCCGUGCUGGAGCGGUCGGCGGACGAGUGGGAGGACCUGUGUAGGGGGUAUGGGUUUGAGUAUGUUGACUACGAGUUCCGGGGGCGGAACGAGUAUGGGGAGCCCGCGGGGAUGGAGCGCGUGCGGGAGGCGCUGGAGGCUAAUGAUUGGGGCGGCGACGACGACUAUGACGAUGCGGCGAGUUUUGGGUCGUUUGAGGAUGGGGAGGGGGUGGAUCCGUUGAAGAUGGUGGGGGAUGAGAUGGAGAGGGAGAUGUUUGGGCUGCAUAGUGCGAUCUUUCCGGAUGAGGAUGGAGAGGGGGAGGAGGAGGAGGAGGAUGAGGAGCUGCAGGUGGAGAAGUUGGAGGCUAUGAUGAUGAGGAUGGCGGCGUUGAAAGAUAUGGGCGAAGAAAUAUCAAAAGAAGAACGCCGUAAGAUUGCCGCAAAGGCAAUCGCAGAUGUCAUGAAAUCUGCAUGA